AUGUAUCCCAAAGCCGUAUUUACAGCCAAACCGAAGAGAAAGCACGUGCAACUCAAACAGAUAACAAUUCCCAGUCAAGAGCAAGAGCAUAGCCAAAAGGCAAAUAAAAUAUCAUACCAAUCUUCAAGUACAGAAGAGAGACGACUCCACUAUGGAGAAAAUGGUGUUCAGAAAGAUGUAUCCCAAAGCAGUAUCUAUAGGCAAACUGAAGAGAAAGCACGUGGCAAGUCUCAAAAACAGGUAACAAUUCCCAGUCAAGAGCAAGAGCAUAGCCAAAAGGCAAAUAAAAUAUCAUACCAAUCUUCAAGUACAGAAGAGAGACGACUCCACUAUGGAGAAAAUGGUGUUCAGAAAGAUGUAUCCCAAAGCCGUAUUUACAGCCAAACUGAAGAGAAAGCACGUGGCAAGUCUCAAAAACAGGUAACAAUUCCCAGUCAAGAGCAAGAGCAUAGCCAAAAGGCAAAUAAAAUAUCAUACCAAUCUUCAAGUACAGAAGAGAGACGACUCCACUAUGGAGAAAAUGGUGUUCAGAAAGAUGUAUCCCAAAGCCAUAUUUAUAGGCAAACUGAAGAGAAAGCACAUGGCAAGUCUCAAAAACAGAUAACAGUUCCCAGUCAAGAGCAAGAGCAUAGCCAAAAGGCAAAUAAAAUAUCAUACCAAUCUUCAAGUACAGAAGAAAGACGACUCCAUUAUGGAGAAAAUGGUGUUCAGAAAGAUGUAUCCCAAAGCAGUAUUUGUAGUCAAACUGAAGAGAAAGCACAUGGCAAGUCUCAAAAACAGAUAACAGUUCCCAGUCAAGAGCAAGAGCAUAGCCGAAAGGCAAAUAAAAUAUCAUACCAAUCUUCAAGUACAGAAGAGAGACAACUCCACUAUGGAAAAAAUGGUGUUCAGAAAGAUGUAUCCCAAAGCCAUAUUUAUAGGCAAACUGAAGAGAAAGCACAUGGCAAGUCUCAAAAACAGAUAACAGUUUCCAGUCAAGAGAAAGAGCAUAGCCAAAAGGCAAAUAAAAUAUCAUACCAAUCUUCAAGUACAGAAGAGAGACAACUCCACUAUGGAAAAAAUAGUGUUCAGAAAGAUGUAUCCCAAAGCCGUAUUUACAGCCAAACCGAAGAGAAAGCACGUGGCAAGUCUCAAAAACAGAUAACAAUUCCCAGUCAAGAGCAAGAGCAUAGCCAAAAGGCAAAUAAAAUAUCAUACCAAUCUUCAAGUACAGAAGAGAGACGACUCCACUAUGGAGAAAAUGAUGUUCAGAAAGGUGUAUCCCAAAGCAGUAUUUAUAGCCAAACUGAAAACCUAGUAGCAGGCAAAUCUCAAAUCCAGGCACCAAAUCCUAAGCAACAGUCAUGGCGUGGUGAAAAUGCAAAAGGAGAGUCUGGGCAAUCUACAAAUAGAGAACAAGACCUACUCAGUCAUGAACAAAAAGUCAGGCACCAACAUGGAUCUCAUGGGGUACUGAAUGUUGUAAUUAUAGAGCAUGAAGAUGACAGUGAUCGUCAUUCAGUACAACGUCAUAACUAUGACAGAAGCCCAUUAUCUACAUAA